AUGGCCAACACGUCCCCGCAACGUCAUCGCCCUACUCUCAUCACCCCCUCCUGUUCCUCCACAUUCCCGCAGGACAUCUCCGCCGCCAUCCUCUCCGCCGCCAACCACAUCCCCAAGUCCAUCGCCGUCGAGUCCGCAGCCCGCACGGCCAACGCGGCCGGGUCACCAACCCCAACGACGAGUACAGGGCUCCUGGAGGUGCCCAUGCCGCCGCCUCCACCCCCUCCGUCGCCGGUCGAGACGAGAGCGCUCUGGGGCCGCUACACUAUCUAUGGGAGGUAG